AAAGAACGCUACUUUUUCUCUUCACACGUCCCCGACGAAAGACACUAAACUCUAGAAGAUGGCCGAAAGAAUUCUGAAAACUUUAAGCAGAGGCUUAAAGCGUCAACGACCUCCUUCUGAAUCGGACCAUGACCAGCCCGAUGCUCAGAGGGGACGCGUAUACACUCCGUCUUCUUCCGCGGCAGGGCCAACGCCAAGACCCGCGCCCGCACAUCGAAGCCAGUCCCCUCCGCCCACGAAGACGUCACGAGCCGAGAAUCUCAACCAUAUGAUAAAGGAGCUACAAAUGUUGCUUGGGACUAAAGAGGUCACUGUUAGCGUCGUACAAAGUUUGGUAGAUCUCUACCAGAGCCAACUCUCAUCGAUCCCACAGCUCAGGACGCUCCUCCAAGGACCAUCCCAAGAUGGUCCUCUGGGGAUACAAGAGGUCCUGAAGACUAUUCGCUGAGUGACGUUCCAGAACGUCAAAAUAAACUUGAGGCGUCCGUGGGUUGCUGCAACGGUGGGUGUCCGCACUGACCCCACAGCUGUGCAUCUGCAGUGGAUUUAGUGGCGCCAAGUACCUGUGAC